CAGCGGUAUCACUGAGGAAGAAAGAACAGAACGCUAGUGAAGAAAGGAAUCUGCCUGCUAGACUACAACAACAUUGACAGCACCUUCAAAUAUGGUGUUCGGAGCACGCUAGAUACAGUAGCCAAUUAUCACAGUUGGCCGACUGUCUUCCGUCUGUUUUCCAUAAACCAGCGAUGUUACAUGUGGAUAUGGCCAUGUGGGAACACUAACCCUAUAAAGGCAGAAGUUGAGGAGACACUAAAGAGAAUUCAAACUCACAAAGGUGUAAUUGGAACAAUAGUUGUUAAUGCCGAGGGUAUCCCAAUCAGAACUACAUUAGACAACUCCACUACGGUGCAGUAUGCUGGCCUGCUGCACCAGCUCACUAUGAAAGCCAGGAGCACAGUCCGAGACCUCGACCCUCAGAACGACCUGACCUUCCUCCGCAUCCGCUCCAAGAAGCAUGAGAUCAUGGUGGCACCUGACAAGGAGUAUCUAUUGAUAGUCAUCCAGAACCCCAGUGAAUAGCCCCAGGAUGUUCCUGUGAGAGUCAGGCUGUAGCUCCUCACACACUGAUCUUUCUCAAGAAUAUGUUUUCUUUAGCUGAACCACACUUUUUGCUUUUUUGUAUUUUCUUUGUCUACUUUUUAAACUCUGCAAUAUGAUGCCUUACUCUAUCUACUAAUUAUCUUCCUUAGCCAUUGUCAUCAAUUCAAAACAAUAAACAAGGAUGUCAUAACAA